AUGACAAAUCCAAGAGAGCAUAAUAAUGUUAAUGUUGUGACGACGAUAAGUGGGAAAUCAUAUGAAGUCCUUGAGGAGAAAGCUGAAGAUAAAGAUCAACUGCUUGAAGUAGAUCUUGAGAUCAAAGAAAAUGAAGUUGUAAGAGUUGUUCAAGAAGCUAGAAAUCAACAUUUUGAACAAAUGCCUACCUAUGCCAAGUUCAUGAAGGACAUCAUUUCUAAGAAGCGAACCAUUGAGACAAACCCGAUUAUUCUAACCAAAACUUGUAGUGCUAUUUUGCAGGGUAUGAAAAUUCCAAUGAAGAAGAAAGAUCGAGGUGUUGUCACCAUACCAUGCACCAUUGGAGAUAGGUCAUUCAAAAAAGCUCUUAUUGAUUUAGGAGCCAGUGUGGGUCUCAUGCCUUUAUCCAUUUACAAGAAAUUGGGUAUAGGGGUUGUGCAAGACACCAGGAUGACGCUACAAUUUGUCGAUCAUUCGGUCAAGAAACCAUAUGGGAUAGUUGACGAUGUUCUAGUGAAGAUUGAUAAGUUUGUAUUCUCAGUAGAUUUUGUGAUUCUAGAGAUGCCCGAAGAUGAAGAGAUUCCUCUCAUUCUUGGGAGACCCUUUUUAGAGACCAGAAGGUGUUUGAUAGACAUAGAGGAAGGUACUAUGACUUUAAAGGUCUAUGAUGAGGAAUUAAAAAUUGAUGUUCGAAACACCAUGAAAUACAAAGAUGAUAUUGGUACUAGUUAUACAAUAGAGGUUAUAGAUUAA